AUGUGGUGUGGCACACCCGUGGAAGCGGCUGUCUUGCCGGGAGAGGUGGCGCAUCUAUAUUCCCGUGCACGUCAGGGCGGCAUUUUGUUUCAUCUGGGAGAAGACGUUCCGACGCCCCCUCCACAAAUCUCCUCCUCCUCCUUUCUCUGCCUAUCUACGUGCGUAUAUGCAUGUGUGUGGUUAUCAUCGAAGCAGGUGUGGCCCAGUGAGCUGUACCCUCGCCUCUUGCGACCGCGUGCUCUCUCUCUGCUGAUUCCCUCGCCCCUUCUCCUCCUCCUCAUCUCUCUCCCGCCUUUCUCUGCCUCUCUUCUCCUCCGUGCAUCUGUGCGCGCGGCUGCAUCCAUUUGGCGUCGCUUGCUACCACUGGCGUCGCACUCGCGUACACGUGCGUGCACUGUGCAUGCAUCGAUGCAUGUGUGUACAUCAGUCAGAUGUUUUGGCGUUUUGGGAAGAUCGGCAGAGACAAGGAUGGACCCGGCGCUGGCGGUGAUGUCGCCUUUCCAGAAUGAGGCGAGGGGCAUUGAUGGGAUGCUGGAGGACGCUGUAGAAGAGAUCACGCGGCCCUCGUCGAUGGGCGCAACUAGCAGCAACAACCGAACUUCUGGCGCGGCCGACGGCGUCUCUGUCGAACCUCCUGCGUUGGCGGCUCUUCCCCUGACGCAGUGCAGCUUCUGUGCCCAGUCUACCACCACCCGCGCCGUUCCAAAGGACGGCAUGUACGUGUGCACCAACUGUUUAGCUGAGCAGGGAAGCCGGCCUCGUUUGUUUCCGCUCGGCACUUUCAAGUGUUGCCCCACCUCCACAGAGGCGAUGGACGGUGAUGUGGUGCGGUGCGCUGGUUGCUACCGCUGGUACCACGUGCACUGCGUAGGCAUCACGGAUAGCGUGCUGCGGAACUAUGCGACUCUCUCCACCACCUCGUGGUACUGCCCGGAGCCGGCCUGCUGCGAUCGCGUGCUGCGAAGGCAUUUGAAGAAGUAG